AUGAAGAGCCAGUUUAUCUUUGCUUUUGCAGCUCUUUUGAUGAUAGCAUCGUUGAUUAUGGAAGGCGAUUGCAUUACUGGCCCUAUUCCGGGGAGAGGGGGAAAGGUAAUAUACUGGAACGAAAACAUUCUAAUACGACUUAGACAAUUAUUUCCAACCGAUUUACUAAAAAAACCAACGCACGGAAAAAGCAUAUAGGAUAAGCCAUUUCCGAUUUUCCAAAACUCUCACUUUCAAAACGAGGAUAAGUGUAAAACCUUUCCUGUGAAAAUGAGAUUUAUUUGCAUGAGAAUUAUUCAUAUAUUAUUUAAGGUGACCCGACCCAGUUAUUUUGUGAGGGCACCAUCCUAAUUGAAGCUCUCUGGUAUCCCCACCGUUACUUUGGUCAUAAGUCUAACAUAUAGCAUGGAUAACAUUUUGAUCAAUCUACAAUAUAGCAUAAAAUUUUUGGCGAUCGGGGUAAAUGUCACGUGGUUAUAGUGCCACUCCUCUUUGUGGUCUGAGACGAAAUUCUGCUGUUGCCGACAUUUCUUCGUGAAAAUCUCUCGUGGACAUAUAGUUAACAUUAGUGCCUUGCGUUGACCAGAGUUUCACGAAAAUGGUAAAGAACCAAUGCGAGAAAUUCAGCGGUUUCCAAAUUUAGGUCAUAAUUAAUGUGAAAAUGAUAAGCAAACUUUACACAAUUAUAUCUAAUAAACUAUCAGAUUUACCCCUCUAUUUUGGGAAUCUUUAUAACAGAUGGGUCCUUACAAGUCAGCAAAAAGGAUUAGGGCGUUAUAAAUGCGCGCGAAUUCGAGCAAUGCAAACAUAUAGAAAUGAUAGUUUUAGCUAUUUGUUGACGUUUGUCAGCGUUUAGGAGUCCUUCUCACGAAAAAAGCAUUUUUUAAAAAACUCGUAGUUUUUUUCCUUCAAAUUUUUUCAGGGCCACAAAUGAUUAACUAACUACCCGGAUUAUGAAUUCCAUGGGCAUUGAAAAACUGUGACAUUAUCUUCUAUAAGCCCAAACUUGAGUAAACAUUGAAGAUUUUUAGCGUUUUGGCUGAGUUUGUGCUUUGGGAGUUUUCUAUUGUGUCUAGUUGAUUUGAAACCGCCUUGAGCAACGUAACUCGGAAAUAACCCAUUUCCGUGACACAAAAAAAAAGCAAGGGGCACACAUACACCAACCCUCGGCCUGGCCAGUACCUCAAAGAUGCACAUUGCCAUAUCCCCGGGCAGUGGCGGCCAUGGAUAGCUGUUUCCAUGCCUCUUAUAGACACAGGUAUCGAUUUGAUAUUUUACCUGAUUUUUUCAAAUGUUUUUUUUAUCCCUAACAACUCUAUCAGAGGACAAUGCAGAUUUGCCGUGCAGCAAGAAGCCUUGGCUGCAAGAAUAUAGAACAAGAAGUGGCUGAUGACCCCAUGAAAGAAGGGAGGGCUCGACGUGAAGUAGAAGAACGCUGA